GAAGUCUCCUCCCUUCCUCCACUCUUUCCUCCCCACCUCCACCCAUUCCACGCAAUUCCCUAUGCCCAAGAAGCAUCAGAAAACCACGUUCAUCAAACCAGCAAGCACUGCGCACCAUACCCUUUCCUCCCCCGGUCCUUCCCCGCGCAAUCAGCAUGACCGCUAUCGGCAGUCUUCUUCCCCCGCAGCGUCGGAGGAAAGCUCCGUCAACGAUCUGAUCCACCACCUUCGUCGCACGCAGGUAUCGGCAGAGAAUGGCCCUGGUAGCCCAUCCGGAUUCGUGACCGCACGGUCCGUCCACCCAUCCCUCCGGAAUCUUCUCGAGCUGCCGGAGACGCCACCCCCGCGACCCCGCCCGGACUCGACCCGCCGCGUCGGCGUAAGGGGAGAACGAGGGAGAAGGAUUGCAGGACCCCCGCCUCCGGAAAGCUGGGUAUCUGGGGACCAGGAUGACGAACAGGGGAUGGCAUAUGAUGACGCGGCAACGAAACAGGUCAUAUACCGAUUGGAUCUCCUGCCCGGGGUGACCUUCCCUUCUCGCGAUCGACUCCUGCACAUGCUAUUGAAAUCGAUGGCGUUGCACUGGACGUGGCACCUCGCGUAUGACGGGCAGUUUCUUGCCUCUCUGCCGAAUCAUAUCAAGGUGCUCCUGCUAAGCUAUGUUGGAUUCUAUGCGAGGGAUCAGCCGACACGGGGGCUCAUGCAUGGUCUGAGCCCAUUGUUUGAGAAACCGGGGAUGGACAAUCGUGCUUCUGUUGCUGGCGAGGAGGUGGACAUCGCUACCAAUGCUGACUCGGAAAUUACACGUUUGGAUCUGACCGGGGCGAUUGGGAAAUGGAUGGACUUCAAAAGACUGUCCAGUGAGCUCCUUCACUCACAGCGGCCUAAGCCCACCCAAGAGAAGCAAAAGGCACCUGUCCCACCUUCCUGGGAGGAUGAGUGCGUCGAAGAUACCGACACCACGCCCGCGAGCAACCCCAGCCCCAUCCCCAAAACCCUUGCUUCAAGAGGACGCUUUGAGAACCUACGCUUUCUGUCCUUGGCUCACCCAAGCCCCGCCGCUGCGAACUGGAACUCCCUCAUCCACCUCCUCUCUCGCCUGUCGACCAUCACCCACCUCUCUUUGGCGCAUUGGCCCGUCCCUACGGUCAACCCCACCGCCAUCGGUACGAGACUACGUCACCCAGCGAACAGAUCCCUAACCCUCCCCUAUGGCGGCACGGACAUGUAUUCCGCAAUGGAAAACAACUGGGCCGAGUCAGCGGGUAUCCUCCGCCGACUGUCCAAGGUAACCUACUGCUUAAAGUGGCUAGACCUGGAAGGCUGCGCGGGCUGGAUCCCUGCCCUGAACUGGGACGGCGUCGGCCCCGACGGCGAAAGCUACGCGGCCGGACCCGAGUGGAACGGCUCCUGGCGCGACGUCGACUUUGUCCGUCUAGGCCCGGGAUGGCUGCCCCUCAUCGACAACAGCGAACCGCCCCUGACACAAGACAACAACGCGCGGACCUCAGCAUCAUCGUCGAUGUCUUCCCCGUCUCGCUCACUCGCAACCUCCGUCCAUGCUCCUCCGCCUUUCCAUUCCCGUGUCGACCAUGGGACCACCGACGAUUUACCCUGGGACGUGGAGAUCGAACGCAUCAAGUAUCGGCGCAUGAAGGAGCUCGAGAGCUUCCGCGAGACGGUCGAGGCUGCCAAAACCGUGCAGCAGCGCAUUCUGCGUACUCGCAAGGAAGGGCGCGGCAAAUGGGUGAAGUUCUCCUUUGGGCUGGAAGGCUUGGAUGACGAUGUGCUUAGGGAGAUCCUUGGACCGAACUAUUGGAGUCUCCUGCCGUGAUGCCAUUAGCUGGUGGGUGUGCGUAUAUAUAAACGGUCUGAAUUAUAUUGAACGGGCUUGUAUAAUAGGACCUACUUAUAUAGUUAUUCCUACUGUCCGGUAGGAUGUGAUAUACAAAAGAACCUUCUUUC